AUGAUCAAUGCCGUGUUAGUGUUUAACAAUAGUGGUCAGCCACGAUUAACCAAAUUCUAUACCCAACUGCAAUCCCUCAUUGCUCAGAUAUACAAUCUCGUCUCCCAACGGCCCUCCUCCGCUUGCAACUUCCUCCCGCUCCCCCCGCUCCUCGCCGAGGGCGCCAGCUCCAGCAACCCCGCCACCAGCUUCUCUGAUGCCCCCAGUCAAAUAACGUACCGAACAUAUGCCACCUUAUCAUUCAUCCUAAUAUCCACUUCGACAGAAUCCCCACUAGCCCUCAUCGACCUGAUCCAAGUCUUCGUCGAGGCGCUCGACCGCCUCUUCGAAAACGUGUGUGAGUUGGAUCUGAUAUUCGGAUUCGAGACCAUGCAUGCGGUGCUUGGCGAAAUGAUCGUUGGCGGGGUUGUACUGGAGACGAAUCUUGAGCGGAUCGUGCAGGGUGUGAAGAGCCAGGAAGGGUCAAAGGCGAAGCGGAGGACCGCUGAGGCUGGGAGUGGAUCAAUUGGUAGGGCGGGGAUUCCAGGGCUAGGGGUGCCUUGGAGGGGCAAGCUACGCUAG